AAUGUUCAUCUGGCUCACCCAGUGGACAGGACUCAAUCCACCAAGCCGAGUGCAAAUAAGAGGGCCAAGACAGAUGAACCAUCCGCAGACGAACCAGCCCUCCCAGCGGACGGUGAGGCUACCGUAGACAGUUCAACCGAGAAGUCGACGGAGGACGGCGUCGAUGCCGGUCUGGAGGACAGUGUACAAGAGGCGAAGGAAGAUGGGGACGAGGAGGAGCCCUGGUUCCUCCUCCUACGCCUGCGUCGUUGA